UUUUUUUUCCUCCACCGUUUUAAAAUUAGAACCUUUCAUAUUUUUCCCCAAACAUCUCCUGCAAUGAGACCCAAAAACGGCAGGAAACGGAAGGUCCCCAGUGCGCUCUCACUGGCGGCGGCCAUUGCCGUUCCUCUCGCCCUCACCUCCUUCAUCAUCUUCAACUUCGGUGCCGGUAAAAGGUACCGUACAUUACCCAACAAGCCCUUCUGGUUCGCUCCGCUGUGGCUCAUCCACCUCGCCUCAUUCGGCUCAACCUUCCUCAUGUGCCUUGCCACGUGCCUGGUUUGGCUCGUCGGCGGGUUCAACGCGGAUUCCGACGCUCUCCCUCUGUACAUUUCCCAGGUUGCGUUGAGCAUCGUCUGGGACCCGCUGGUGCUCGUGAUCGGGUCGGCCAGGGUGGGGUUCGUGUUCUGUGUUGUGCACUUCGGAACUUUGGUAGCUUGCCACCGGAGAUUCGAGAAGUUAAUUCCAUCGGCCAAAGAUCUUGUUACGCCGUGUUUGCUGUGGUCGGGAUUUCUCACCGUCCUUACCUAUAAGCUUAUAGAUCAACUUUGAUCCUAUAUUAUACGAUUUAAAAGGAAGUGGAUAAGGAUUGUUUUUUUACACAUGAAAAUUAUGAAAUUUAAAAAGAAUUUCUCGCCGAAUUUUAUCUCUUUUUUUUUUCUUUUUUUUUUCUUUUUUUAUUUAUCUUGUGCUGUUUUGACAUUAUGCAAUGAUUUUGUUUUUGAAUAUGAACAAAUAAUUGGAGGGAGAAAUU